GGAGAAGACUGUUGCAAAGGCGACUGUGGAAAAGGGGGAGAAGACUGUUGCAAAGGCGACUGCGGAAAAGGCGACUGCGAAAAAGGGGGUGGAGACUGUUGCAAAGGCGACUGCGGAAAAGGCAACUGCGAAAAAGGGGGAGGAGACUGUUGCAAAGGCCACUGUGGAAAAGGGGGAGGGGGAGGACCUGAUUGCGGAACGGAUGGAGAUGGCUCCAGUGGCUUGUCAUGUAGCAUAUCUCCACAGAGUGGAACAAUCCUUGAUGCUUUUGAUAUAACUUGCAAUACUGAAAAUCCCUGCUCUAACUGUCAGUAUUGUUUCAGCACUCAGAGUAAGACUCUGCGAUGCAGUCAGAGCAAUGAAGUAAAAUUCAUCUUCCUUCCUCUCGGAGACAGCAAUUCUAACUACAAACUGAAUAUACUGGCAACUGCAACGGGUGAAGGCCAAACAGUACUCAGCACCACUAUAACUGCACAGGUUGUGGAUUCAACUUUGAGCUUAAGCUCAAUAGAGAACAUCUUGGAUCAGUUAAAGGCAGAAGGCCAGCUGUCACCAGAAGUCGCUGGACAACUCUUCAGUUCUGUGGCCAAUGAACUUAACGACCAAUCUGAUCCUGCAGGACAAGCAGAUAGGCAAAAGCUUCAACAGAAGAUGCUGGACAUAUUGAUUGCUAUAGUAAAUGAAAAUCUCAACAAAACUCUACAAGACGUUCAGGUGUUAGCCACAGCACUUGCUUCUCUCGUCAAGAAAGGGACUGAACUCAAUACAUCAGCACAGGAAAGGGCCGCAUCAUUGUUCGCAACCCUGAGUUCAUUUCUCCUCCGUAUGGAUCUAAACGCAACUGAAGUCUUUGCCACAGCCAACAUUAUUGUGGAGGGCAUAAGCAACAUGCUCGACUAUUGUCCCAGUAAAAUCACCUCAGAUGGCCUUCUUGGGGCCCUGUACAAUAUACAGAGUGCGAUGUUGGUCUUUAUGGAGCUCAAUGAGGACUCAAGCAUAAUUCGGAAAACGCACGUUAAAGUAUUUGUCAGAAGAGUUUUACCAGCAGUCUUGUACACAGGCUCCGUAAAUAUUACCAACUGUACCUGCAUCACAUUUUCUCUCCCACAACUACCCACUACCAUACUUCCUUCAGACAAACCAGUGGAUGUGCGAAUGCUGAACUUAGAUGUAAACCCAUUUUGUUGGAAGGUGGGAUGGGACAUCAGCAGAUUCAUAGGUUAUUUAUCCCUCACAACAAAAGAAGGGUCUGUUAUCCCUGUGGAAAACUUAAGUAAGGAUAUUCAGAUCGUGUUUCCACGGUUUGCUGGAGAACAAGUGAACACCACUAUUCUGGACUUGGGGAACUUCAGCACAACGGUUAUUGAUAUUCCUUCAGCGAAUUCUACCCUGGUUCUAAAGGUUCAGUGACUUGUUCUUUUAUGUCGACUCCUGAAAUUAGAAGAAGCAAACAUGCUUAGUGGACAGUGAUAUUAUGGUUACAUUACAUACAGAGGCUACAUUCUGUUCAGCGUGACUUUUGCUGUGACCAUGCUAACAUUGCUAACUGUUAGCAGAAAGUGUAGCUACAAGACGA